GAUAAAUUGGCAGAACAUAAUUUGGCAUUUAUUCAAUGGUAUAAGAUAGCAGAAAUAUAUAAAGUUCAAUAUUAUCUUAGUAUCAAUAAUGAUGAAAAAACUUGUAAUGUUGAACUAUGA